AUGGCCCAACAACAGUCCUUCGAUUACUAUCAAGUACCCCAGAUGCCUCAAUCGGGUGUCUCAAUGUCACCCCCAGAGCUCUCUCCCCUCUCAUUCUACGACACCCAAGCCGACUUCAGCGCCGACUCCGCACCAUCCCGCGGCUCCCCCGUGUCUCCCGUCUUCCCCGCCUCCUCCUUCACCCUCCCCUCCGGCACCGACUGGCCCGCCUACUUUGAGAAGCCCACCCUCUCCCCAGACCUCGACGUCUUCUACGGCGAAUUCGGCAGCCCGAUGUCCUUCCUCUCCUCCCAGAACAUCGCCCUCAGCCCCACCGCCAACCCCGCAGACCUGACCUGCGACACGGUAGCCUUCGGCCGCGAGGGUAUCAACGACACACAACCCCUCUUCCAGUCCCUCGAUGCCCCGGCCCAAACCGCCCGCCCGCAACCACAAGUCAAGACCGAGAGGUCAACCAUCACCGCCCGCCCUGCCACCCAACAACAACAAGCACCCAGACAACCCGCCCCCCAACAACAACAGCAGCGCACAUCCCCCCGCAACGACCUCAAGCGCAAAUCCUCCGCCUCCACCGCCUCCUCCUCCCGCUCCGCCUCCCCGGAGCCCCCCGCCCGCCGCACAAAGCACGAGCCCAGCAAGAACCCGCACAACAUGAUCGAGAAGCGCUACCGCGUCAACAUCAACGAGAAGAUCAUUGCCCUCCGCGACGCGGUCCCCUCGCUGCGCUGCGUCGUCCAGCAGACCGAGAACCCGCAGGCCGCCGCCGCGCACGGGGAUUCCGACGAGGCGUUCGACGUCGUCGAGGAGCUCGGCGGCCUGAUGCCCGCGCGCAAGCUCAACAAGGCCACGAUCCUGAGCAAGGCGACCGAGUACAUCACGCACCUCGAGAAGAAGAACGGCAUGCUCUGGAAGGAGAACCAGGAGCUCGAGAAGAGGCUGGCGGAGUGCCAGCGCUGGAGGGGGCAGAGCGAGGCUGCUGCCGCUGGGGCUUACUGGUCCUAG